CUUGUGUUGUUAAUAACUACCAUUCAACUCCAUGUUUCUCUCUUCUCAAGUUUCAACAAACAUUCAAGAGUCUUUCUCCGUCGUCAUCAUGCUUCCAUCCUCAACAAUAUUAACUUAUCUGUCGAAUGAUUCACCUAACCAUCACAGACAUAUUCUCCUCCACCUGCCUUUCAACUUCUUUGUAUUGAAAACUACUGUCCAUCCAAUUUUUCUCUUUAUUUCCAUCUCCUCACCUUUUUCUACGGUUUAUAUUCUUCUUUCUUGUUUUCACUUUGAUGGGUAUUUAUUAUAUUUGUCAUUUCGUGACUGCUUUCUUCCAAGAAUAUGGUAUAAGAACUGUUUAACCUGAAAUCCCAUCUAGAUAGAGAAAGUGUUGGUGCUGUUAUCUUAUAUUUCUUGUGUGUAAUAGAUAUUUUUCAGAGUAGAAGAGAGAGAGAAAGACGUGCUCCUUUCUAUUCAAUCUGCAUUUUUUUGCUUAUCAUAAACAAAUGGAGGUAACUUCAAAUGGGGAAAUUACGGAGACCCAGAAUGUAAAACAAGAGAAAGAAGAAUAUAACAAAGUAAUUACUGAAGAUAUUGAGGUUGAAUCUGUGAGAGAAAUUGUUGUUGAUGGAAAAUCUGAGGGUCUUAAAGAAGCUCAAGAUGAUGGGAACAAUUUGAAUUCUGAUAGUAGCAAGAGUCUACAGGAAGAAGCAAAAGAGGAGAGUUCUCUAGUGAAGGAUUCAGGGAUAUUGGAAGAGCCAGAAGUCGAAGAGGACAAUUCUACAGUAAAGGAUCCAGGGAUGAUAGAAGAGGAGGCAGAGGUGGAGAAAGAGGCUAUUAACUCUAUUAUUGAGGCAGUUGAGCAUAUUGUGCCUUCGUCAGAACAAUUUUCUUCUAUUGUAGAAGCAUCAAUUGAGAAUUCAAAGGAGUUUGAUUCGACUGAAGUGGAAUUAAAAGAAACUGAUGAGAGUGAGACCAAUGAGAUUGCCACAAUUGUAGCAGAUGUGGAAUUGAGUGGAACAAAGGAAACAAUGUUACCGUCAUCAACUUCAAAUGGGACUGAGGGAAAUGCGUUUGAACUGGUGUCAGGUGGAGUUGAGGAAAUAGAGUUGCCAGCUUCUGAGGAUAAAUACAGUUUGCCCGGAAUUGCAAAAGAUUCGGUGUCAAAAGCAAUUGAAGAGAAGGUUAUGUCUUUGGAUGAAAAUAAUGAGGUUCCUCCAGCUCUGACAGAUGCGAUAUCAAAAGGGAUUGAGGAAGUAAAAGUGGCAUCAUUGGAGGAGAAAUCCGGGGAGUUCUCUACCAUUGUUGAUAAGGAACCUGUGGAAAUUGUUGAUAAUUCAUUGAAGCCAUCUGCCAAUCCUACUGUUAUUGCAAGCAAAGAUGGUUUUCCUGAGAGCACAGGAAAUCCCCAUGUUAUAUCUGUAAGUCAGCGCACUAUACAACCAACAUCUUGGAGAAGUUGCUGUGGCCUUUUUGAAGUUCUCCGAGGCUCUAGGUAGCUCAAGAUUUCAUGGGUCAUUUUCAGGGCUGAUGCCGAGAAAGCCUUGGCGAGGAUCAUUCUGAACACUGCUGCAAAGCUGAAGGAGUUUGGUGAUUGAGCUAUGAAGCUUGCAAAGUGUAAUUUAUGGUCUCAGAAAAUUUUCUGUAUAACAAUAUUGAAGAUGAAAACAAAUUGUGUGGGUGGCUCAAGUUUGUUAUUUAUGUGGUGCUUUUGCUAUGAACUCAUACUAAAUUGCUUCUUUGUGAAUGCCUAUUUGUAUUUAGAUGAUUAAUAUUGAGGGUUUGGUUAUAGAAAUAUACAUUACUUUA